AGGCCUUUGCUGUCAACGUCACACAAUAAAUAUUUUGAUAUUUAUCUAAAUUUUGGUCAAUAUAUAGUUUUCAACAUUGAAUCAUAUUUCCGUUUCUCGGCAAUUUACUUUAACGAAAUUCAACUGAUCUGAACCAGGCUUACCUUAAACUUCGAGCGCUUCCACAAAACUAUGCCAAAUCACCCGACGAAAUUGCAACAUCUGCAGCCAACUUUUGGGGCACUGCAAGAUUGCAAUUAAAUUGCCCAGCUUAGUGUGGCAGCUAAUGGACGGAAGUUGAGAAGCGUUACAGAACAGUGUAGUCUGUACCAGUUUGCUUUGAAGCUGAAAAAUUGUUGCAAAACAUAGGCCCUGAACACCAGAAAAGGACAUCAAACUGGCGAACUCCUACACAGUGCUCAAUGCCUCGGAUACCAGCCGAAAACUCCGUCCGCGCUGGUGGAGCGGUGGUGUAGCCGGCGCCUUGACGCAGUUUGUAGUGGCGCCCUUUGAUCUGCUAGAGACACGCAUGAUGUUUCUUAAGAAAGACACAACCAUGAUUAAACUAACGAAAACAGCCAUCCAAAGACACGGAUUCAUAUCUCUAUAUGAUGGUCUCAGUGCUCAACUCCUACGACAAGUUACCUAUACGACAAUGCGAUUUCACCUGUACGAUUUGGGUAAGCGGUAUGUUAAUGAAGAAGAGUUUCUGCACAAAGUAUGUGUAGCGAGCGUAUCUGGCAUGAUGGCGGCUGGUGUUGGCAUACCCUUUGAGUUGAUUAACACUCGUAUGCAUGUGGAUCGAGCGCUGAAAGUGAAAUAUAGGCGAAACUAUCGAAAUGUCUUUGAUGGUCUCUACAGGGUUUGGCGGGAGGAGGGCUUUACUGCACUCUACACGGGCGGUUUUAGCUCAUUUUUUCGCUCCACGGUUGUUACUAUUGGCCAAAAUGCGAUGUACGAUCAGAGCAAAACUAUGUAUAUGCAUUACUUUAAGUUGGGAGAUGAUUGUAAGGUGCUGCACUUGUUGAGCUCCCUGACAGCAGCCAUAAUAUGUGCUCCUUUGGUGCAGCCCAUAGAGAUUUACAAGACGAUGCAAAUGAGCAAGGGAAGCGGUCAUUUGAAUACCACCUCUGAGAAGUUAAGGUUCAUGAUGCGCUUUGGUUUUAGAGGUCUAUUUCGUGGCAUUGCGCCGAGUAUGUUACGUAUGAUUCCGUAUACAAUUAUUAUGUUCCUGUUGUAUGAGCAAAUACGCUUAAAUUUUGGUUAUUAUGCAGAAGACGACCUGGACUGAGUGUAUAUAUUCAAAUAAACAAACUGAAACAAUAACAUAUAUUGCUGUGCUUGUAAUUGUAAAA